AUGAGAAAGAAAAGUAAGGGAGAAGAGACAGAGCAGGCCUGGGGAGACAGAGGAAUGAGAGACGAACCGAGAAAGCCGAAAGAAAAGGGCAAGACGGCAGGCCAAGGGAAGAGGCAGGGGCAAGAGGAAAGGAAAGUCAUCAUAGCAAAAGUGCAAGACGGAAGAGGGUGCGCACAAAAGGAAGAGAGGGGGGGGGAAAGGGGACGGGGGGAGGACAGAGGAGCGGGUCAGAGAACGGGCGCAACCGACGGAAAACAAAGCAACCAGAACGCCGCCACGAGGCCGAACGCAGAAGCGGCAAAGGGAAGGCCAACCCGCGGGACCAGCCGAGGACACAGAGGCCGGGAGGAAGAAGAAGGGAAGGACCAAGGGAAGGCGAAAAGGAGAGCAAAACGUAAAGGGCAGGAAGGAGCAAAAAAGUGA